AUGGUCUCUCAAUCGUUCCUCCUCAGGCUGGCUGCCCUCUGCGCCGUCGUCAAUGCCGCCCCGCUCCCGCUUAACAUCAAUCUUGGCGCUUACUCACCUGCCCUGGUGGUAGGUGAUGGUGCUAUUGAAUUCGAAGGAGCCGCAGGCAAAAACGGUGUUGAGUCUAUCAUCAACACCCUGCAAGGUGCCGCCGUCGCUGGUGGCGCACGUGCUGCUGCUGCCGCUGCCGAGGGUGCCACUCAGCCCGCCACAGCCAGCCAGGCUGCUGCAGCUCAGCCUGCCGCCCAGCAGCAGGGUCUCGGUUUGGGUGCUAAGGCCGUCGAACCUAGCAUUCUCAAUGAGAAGGCAUCUCUCCCGUUACCCGGCGCCGCCCCAUUGGGGCCCCGCUCGGAGGAAGUUGAGGUCGAGGACGAGGCCGAGGCCGAGGGAGACGACGAGCAGUCCGCUUCGGCUCCUCUACAGAAGAGACAGAACGCUGGCUUCCAGGCAGCACUCAACUUCGCCGAGACCGCCCUAACCAAAGGUCCCAAGAUAGAGCUCGGCACCCACCACGCUGGUGUUGGUAUCAUUGUGGACAACAAUGCGGGUGCCGGCCGUGGUGUCCGUUCUCGCUAA